UCCGAGGAGACCAGAUAUAGUGAAUGCAGGGUCUGGGGAGACCGGAUAUAAUGAAUGCAGGGUCCGGGGAGACCAGAUAUAGUGAAUGCAGGGUCCGGGGAGACCGGAUAUAGUGAAUGCAGGGUCCGGGGAGACCAGAUAUAGUGAAUGCAGGGUCCGAGGAGACCGGAUAUAGUGAAUGCAGGGUCCGGGGAGACCAGAUAUAGUGAAUGCAGGGUCCGGGGAGAGCGGAUAUAGUGAAUGCAGGAUAUAGUGAAUGCAGGGUCCGGGGAGAGCGGAUAUAGUGAAUGCAGGAAUAUAUAUGAGCAGGCAACUCUUGCAGAGCAGGUACAGUCCCACUCAAGGGAGAAUUUUCAGAUUUCCCAGAAUUGGGAUUCCAUUUUCCCCAAACACCUAAAACAUUGCUGUUGGGGAAUUGUGGCAGAAAAUAUA